CUGCUCUCCAACACACACAAGACUCUUCUACACCUCUUGGAGUGCGUAAACUGCUGCCUUUACACAUCAGAACAUCAGACACAGAAUGAUGAUGGCUUCCUUCAUGUGCAAGACUUUGACUUUAUUCUUCAUCUGCAUGGCUCUGCAAGAGGGUUGUGGACUCCCCUUAUCAGACCGGGCAGAGCUGCCAGCUCAGGCUCCACAUCCACACCACGUCAGGACCAAACGCUGCUCCUGUAAUAGCUGGGAUGAUAAAGAAUGCAUCUAUUUCUGCCACCUGGAUAUUAUCUGGGUCAACACACCAAGUAAACUCCUUCCUUAUGGCCUGGGAAGUCCCCUGUCUCGCCGCCGCCGCUCAACUGACCGUUGCGAAUGCCUCAACCCAGCCGAUAAAACCUGCUCCGGCUUCUGCCGUAAAAGCUCAGAGAAUCCAAGGACUACUGUCGUGGGCCCAAAGACAGAAUCAAGCACAAGCAGCAACAAAUUGCUGGCAUCUUUCAGAUCUGUGGUCAAGUCCAACAUGGUGAUCGCAAAAGAGAUUCUGUCAUCAAACAAGAACCCAGGAGGGGUCAACUGGCUGAGGAGCAGAACAAGAAGAUAGAGGAUUGAGCAAACACCAGAAGCAGUUCAAUCUCCAUGGAUUCAACCUCCAUGGACCGGAGACUCCUCCAGCUGCCCUCAAUGCCAGCACCAGGGUUUAGAGAUGUGUCAACUCUGGGGAUGUGGAGGUGGAAAGAUGGAGGACAAAAGAGGCAGUGGAUCGAGUAUUUAAUCAACAAAGCAGAGCUUCAGAGGACUGGCAGAUCACCAGGGCAGAAGCUCUACGGCAGUAGCAAUGUUGGUUGGAGACAAAAACAUUUCUUGAACUCUCUUUGAACUUUUUGAACCUGGCAUCAGUCUACACAUGUUAAGGAAGGAUCAAUCAAAGCUGAGCACACGGAAACUGGCAUCUGCCCUUUUGGGCGACCACAUCCAGAAACACUUAUCAGCCACCCAUCUGUGGUUAUUUGGUUUCCAUGGACACAUGCCUGUGACUUGUCUGAAUGGUUUUAAAUCCACAACUUACAUGCACUAUGACAGGAUUGUAGGAUCAUUACAUAUUUCAGAGUCAUAUCAACUCUGUAUUCACUUAGGAAUUGUUUGUCAAUGUUUACUCACAUUUCUUUGUAACUAUUCUGCCAUUGCUGACCUUUGGUUCAGUUUAAUUUCCUCUGUAUCAGAGCAGGAAUCUGCUAAUGUUUAGGACAAAUUAGCAAAUAACUUUUUAAUUAUCAGGCAGUACUUGAAUCUGGCAGCUUGUUGGCUUUUGGCACACAUUGCCUCACAGUGAAAUGAAGGUCAUUUCUUU